AUCGCAUCCAAACCCUUGAACGCUUCCUCUUGAAACCCUCAUUUGGUUCGUCGGCUUUAAAGUUUCUCUAGAACCCCAAGCCCCCAAAACCCUACUCUACUCCUCUUUCUAUCUUCUGCCAUUUUCUCUCAUAUUCGGAGAGAUGGAGUUUUGGGGUGUUGAAGUCAAGUCUGGAGAAACUAUUAAGGUUAAUCCUGGUGAUGAUAAGAUUCUGCAUCUCUCCCAGGCAUCUCUUGGUGAGGUGAAAAAGAACAAAGAAAAUGAAUCUGCUCCUCUUUUUGUGAACAUUGGUGGUCAGAAGCUUGUUAUUGGAACACUUUCUCCCGAGAAAUGUGCUCAAAUAACUUAUGAUUUGGUUUUUGAGAAGGAAUUUGAACUGUCUCACAACUGGAAACAUGGGAGUGUCUACUUCAUUGGAUACAAAUCUGUCCUUCCAGGCGAAUCCGAGGAUUUUUCUGAUUUUGGAUCAGAUUCUGAAGAAGAAGAAAUUCCGCUUCAAGCAACUGAGAAUGGAAAACCUGUGCAGAAGCAGGCAAAACCUGCAACAGUAAAGGCUGAUGCUGCAAAGCCUGAUUCUUCAGCAGCUAAGCCAAAGGUGAAGAUUGUUGAACCAGAAAAAGUUGACAAAUCCAAAGAUGAUGAUGAGGAUGAUGAUGGAUCAGAUGAGGAUGAUGAUGAAUCAGAUGAGGAUGAUUCUGAUGACGAUGAAUCAGAUGAGGACAUGCUUGAAACUGGGGAUGAUAGUGAUGAGGAUGAUGAUAGUUCAGAUGAAGAUGAUGAAGAGACACCCACACCCAAGAAGGGUAAGAAGAGACCUUUGGAUUCUGCUGCAAAAACUCCUGCAUCUGAUAAAAAGGCAAAAUUGGUUACUCCUCAGAAAACUGAUGGAAAGAAGGGUGGUGGCCAUACUGCAACACCGCACCCCAAUAAGCAGGCUGCGAAGACUCCUGCAAACAGUGACAAGAAGGGACAACAAACACCAAAAUCCCCUGGCCAGUUUUCAUGCAAAUCCUGCAACAAGGCCUUCAACUCUGAUGGUGCUCUACAAUCUCAUAGCAAGGCAAAGCACAGUGGUGGCAAGUGAAGUGAGGCAGUUCAAAGCUUUAUUAAUUUUUUGCAAGUCCUGGUUUUUUGAUGAUGGAGAGACCGAGAGAGGGUACUAUAGGUUACGUAAUUUUGGGGGUUUUUUUUUGGGGUUUCUCCUUUAAAGAUGAGGUAUAGUAUUAUUACUUUACGGAAGAAACAAUUUAAGUAGGCUUAUGGUACUAGUGCAAAAACUGAAAAAUAGAUGUGAUAGUUGUGUUUACUUGUUUUAAGUAUUUAUGUGAUCUUCGUGAUAUGAGUUUGAUUUCAUGUUAAAA